AUGAGAACAGCUAGGACUGCAGUGACAGUCCUCGAUCAGAAACAUAGUGAGGGCAGACCCCGAGAAAAAGGUACAAGGUGCUUGCUAUCCGUGGGGCACAAAGAGAAAGCCCACGAGCAGGCAAAGGUAGCUGGACUUCCAGAACAAUUCCUCAGUCUCUUCUCAGGUCAGUCCGCAUUGACAGCCACUUCCCAGCUGGCCGUGCACGGCAGCUGGACAAACAGGCUGCUCCUGCAGCAGGUGUUUGAGGCAGGCUACCCCUUGCUAUGGGGAAGCUGUGUAGAAGGGUUGCCACUCUCAUUUCCUGUCCCUGCCCUACCCCUUCAGAUGAGGACCAAGCACCAGGAAUCUUGUGAUGCCCUCCAUGCACAACUUCAGACACCAAGUUGGCCCCAGGAAAUCAAGCUGGGCUUUCGGCUUUCGGCUCCGAGGAGGCUAAGGUGCAACCUUCUUCGGUCGUCCCGAAUCCGGGUUCAUCCGACACCAGCCGCCUCCACCAUGCCGCUGAGGUGCACUGGGGGUGAAGUUGGUGCCACUUCUGCGCUUGCCCCCAAGAUCGGCCCCCUGGGUCUGUCUCCAAAAAAGGCUGGUGAUGACAUUGCCAAGGCAACGGGUGACUGGAAGGGCCUGAGGAUUACAGUGAAACUGACCAUUCAGAACAGACAGGCCCAGGUGCCUUCUGCCUCUGCCCUGAUCAUCAAAGCCCUUAAGGAACCACCAAGAGACAGAAAGAAACAGAAAAACAUUAAACACAGUGGGAAUAUCACUUUCGAUGAGAUUGACAACAUUGCUCGACAGAUGUGGCACCGAUCUUUAGCCAGAGAACUCUCUGGAACCAUUAAAGAGAUCCUGGGGACUGCCCAGUCUGUGGGCUGUAAUGCUGAUGUCCGCCACCCUCACGAUGUCAUAGAUGACACCAACAGUGGUGCUGUGGAAUGCCCAACUAGUUAAGAAGCACAAAGGAAAAUAUUUCAAUAAAGGUCAUUUAACAACUGGUGG